AUGGAUAAGAAAAUCGAUCAGGUAACAGCUGAACUACGCUCAUAUCUACCCGAUGUUAAACAGAAAAGUGUUGUCGUUUUAUUGCAUGAUGUUGAAAAUCCAGCACCAUACAUGCAAUUGUUAAACGAUGCAAGUCAAACGAUUUUAUUCACAAAUUCAUCGUCCACCUAUAAACAAAUCGAUAAUGAAAAACUUCCCAAAACGAAUAAUGUGAUACUGAAUUGUGCCGAAUUUAAAAAUUGUGAAUUGCAACCAAACUCAGCGGAUGUUGGUGUAAUGAUUAAAUCAUUCAAUCUACUAUCGGUGAAAGAAAAAGAAUCGGUUUUAUCAAAACUGUUAACAGUAUUAAGCGAUGAUGCAUACUGUUUUGUUUAUGAAAAAGAAUGGAUCAAAGAUAAUGAAAAUCAUUCCAGUACACCGAUUGAUCUUAUCAACUACUUUCAUUCCUCAACAUCAAAACAUUCGGACAAUAAAACCAACUAUGGUUUUGCUCUUGUUUCUGUUCGUCCAUUACAAACUUAUGUUCAAUUAAAAAGUGAACCAUUCCAUUUAUGCUUUUUGUUCAAAAAAGUUCAUUAUAUAGAUGCUCCUGAAACACUCAGAGAUUUUCUUGAUCAACAACAAUAUUCAAAAAAUAGUGUGCUACGUUAUGAGAAAAUAUUUGGUCCGGGCUUUGUUUCUACUGGAGGACUUGAUACAACAAAAGAAUUUGUUGCCACACUUGAUUUAAAACCUGAACACCGAGUAUUGGAUAUUGGAGCUGGUAUCGGAGGUGGAGAUAUUUUUAUAGCAAAAACUUAUGGUUGUUCCGUUAUUGGCGUUGAUUUGUCUACAAAUAUGGUCGGAAUUGCUUGGGAACGUCUUCUUGGUUUAACUGAUGCUAAAAUAAAGGUUUCAUUUGAAAUUGGCGAUGUUAUGAAACUUGAAUACGAUAAUAAUUCAUUUGAUGUUGUUUAUUCACGUGAUUGUAUUUUACAUAUUCAAGAUAAACAUGAAUUAUUUACAAGAAUUUACAAUUGGCUGAAACCGGGUGGAAAAUUAUUUAUUACUGAUUAUUGUUGUGGUAAAAAGCCCUGGUCAAAAGAUUAUGAAGCGUAUGUGAAUGAUAGACGAUACAAUUUGUUAACCGUACAAGAAUAUGGAAAGUAUCUUGAAGAUGUUGGUUUCAAACAAGUUGAACCAGUUGACGGUACAAAUAGAUUUGCCGAUUGUCUAAAAGUGGAAUUAGAGCGAAUUAACUCAAUGAAAAAUGAAUUCAUUAGUGAAUUUUCCGAUGAAGAUUACAAACAUUUAGUUGAUGGAUGGGAAUCAAAAUUAGCUCGUACAUCCGAAGGCCACCAACGAUGGGGUAUAUUCCGCGCCACAAAGUGA